UUCUCUGGCGAGGGUACCUGGUACGGUACUGGUCUUGGAUCUUGCGGCGAGGUCAGCGCCAACACUGAUUUGAUUGCAGCAUUGAAUGCUCCUCAAAUGGGUGUCGUCCCUAACCCCAACAACAACCCUCUCUGCGGUCGCUAUGUAAAGGUCAAUGGUCCUAAUGGCACCAGUGUCCGCGUUAAGAUUGUCGAUACUUGCCCCGGCUGUGCCUCUGGUGAUCUCGACCUCAGUCCCGCUGCCUUCACCAAGCUCGCUGACUUGGGUGUAGGCCGUAUCAACAUCAACUGGAAUUGG